UCUUGCAGUGUAGUUGGUCUAUUUUUUUCAGGUGAUGUCAACUGGGGCUAUGUAGCUGCAGUCGCAGGUGGUGCGGUAGCAACUGGUGCUGCAGCAGUGAUAGCUGCUCCGGUGGUCCUUAGUGCUGCUGGUUUUACUGCUGGAGGUGUUGCUGCUGGCUCCGUGGCGGCAGCUGCACAGUCAGCAAUUUACGGAGGAUUUACAGGGGGUGUUUUUUCGGUUCUGCAGAGUGCAGGGGCUGCUGGCAUAGGACUGGCAGGAAAUGCUGCCAUUGGCGCAACCGGUGCGACUGUUGGGGGAGUUUUAUCAGGUUUAGGAGCAGGAUUUUACGGCAGUCGUGUGAAGACCAUUAAGUUGUUGAUCUGUGGCGAAGGGAUUGAUGCGCACGCAUUUGCUGGCAUAGCGUCCUCUCGGAAGGGAAUUGAAGUUCGUGUGCUGAGUUUAAAUCAAGAUGAAGCAGAGCGCUGGAGCUCUGCAUUGCAGACCACAAGCGUUGAAGUUGAGGUACAGCGCAGGGGACAUGAGCCGAUGUCUAUCAAAUCCAAACCAGCAUUCAUAACAAAGAACCCAGGUGAAGCCAUGCGAGAUAUCGAUUUCGUAGUCUUUGUCUUUCCUGCGUCUGCCCAUGAAGAUUAUCUUAAUGCCCUUAGACCUCAUAUUAAACCUGGAAUGACCAUAGUUGGUCUACCUGGUGGACCUGGGUUCGAGUUCCAAGUUCGUCAUGCACUGGACGAGACUGCGCAGCCGUGUACAAUCCUAAAUUUCCAGUCGUCUCCUUGGAAAUGCCGUAUGGUAGAGUUUGGUGUGAAAUAUGAAGUUCUUCUCACAAUGGAAACUCUUUUGGGGACCAUGAAGAAAGGAAGUGUGGAGCCAAGGAACGAUCCAGUUUGCAUUCUACAGAACCUCCUGGGACCUUUCCCUAAAUUGAAUGUCACAGUCAUUUGACUGAGUUGACUGAUGUUGUUUUGAGAUUGAAUUUCGUUAUGUGGCCUUCGACAUUCAGUUAAGACUCGUUGCAAAUUAAUUUAAAUUAUUUAAGAUUUUGGGUCGAUUGAUCAUAAGAGAUGUAUUUAACUCGUCAGGUAAUCAGUAAAGUUAAUCUCCUCGAAAAUCAAAAUUAUGUUGUCGAAGACGAAAAGUAUUUCUCUUCUUGGUAUUUAUUGCGAUAGAAUAUGUUUAAGGAUAAAAUGUUCAGUUGAUGCCGUUCAGUAAUGACAAUAAAAUUUGUUUUGAAACCAUCUCAA